AUGUCUGUACAAAUUCCAUCCCAACAACGCGCAGCAGUCCGUCAAGGAUCCGGUCCAGAUGCAAGAGCUCCCAUCAAGACCAUUCCCGUACCUAGCCCAGGUCCAGGCCAAAUUCUCGUCAAGAUCAAUUGGACCGGUCUCUGUGCCUCAGACAAAUCUCUUCUCCACGAUGAAUGGAGCGGCUUUGGCGCCUGUAUGAAGGACGCCACCAAUGGUAUCGCCGGCCACGAGGGAGCCGGAUCUGUUGUAGCGGUGGGUCAAGGUAUGGAGCAUCGAUGGAAGAUUGGUGAUCGAGCUGGCGUGAAGUCGAUUGCCAGCGUUUGCGGCGAGUGCGACUUUUGUAGGGCUGGCUCUGAUGAGGUGCACUGCCCGGAGCAGACAACCAGUGGACUUUCAGUGCCGGGGACAUUCCAGGAGUAUGUUGUUGCGGAUGGGAAAUAUUCAUCCAAGUUACCCGAUGGUGUUACUGAUGAAGAGGCUGGACCAAUCAUGUGUGGUGGAGUUACCGCGUAUACUGCUUGCAAGAGAUCUGGAGUCACUCCGGGACAGUGGCUGGUCAUUCCUGGCGCAGGCGGAGGACUUGGCCACUUCGCAAUCCAAUAUGCCAAAGCAAUGGGCAUGCGUGUCAUUGCCAUUGAUGGCGGUGACGAGAAGCGCGAGUUGUGCCUCAAACUCGGAGCCGAAGUCUUUAUUGACUUCAAGACCACCAAAGACAUUGCAGCGCAAGUACUCAAGAUCACUACAUACGGUGCUCACGGCGUCAUCGUCACGGCUGGAACCCGAGCAGCGUACGAAUCAGCGCCAACCUAUCUUCGUCCAAAUGGAACAGUCGUUGCCGUGGGACUUCCUCAAGACCCUACCAUUAUUGCUGGUGCGCCACCGAUGCUGGUCGCAACGCGAAGGCUGAAGAUUGUGGGGAGUGUCACGGGGAGUAUGAAGGAUGUUGAGGAAGCUCUCGAAUUUACUGCCAGAGGGCUUGUCCACCCGAUUCUAUCAAAGGGCAAGCUUGAGGAUCUUGAUGAUUGGUUACAUAAGUUGGCUACUGGUCAGGUCGCAGGCCGUUGUGUUCUCCAGGUUGCAGCAUGA